ACAGGAGAGGUCAAUUUAGGUCAAAAUAUUACAAUCGAGAUCGCGAUCGAGAGGAAACAGAUAGGAAAACAUGGAUCUAAAAGGAUUGUUUGGUGGCAAAGAAAGGACGUUUCGUCCCAAGAAGAAGUUUGAGCCGGGGACGUUACGCUAUCAGCUUCACAAGAAGGCGAUGGCGUCACUCAACUCCGGCUUGGACCUGAAGGCCGUCGUCUCGCUGCCUGCAGAGGAGGACUUAAAUGAUUGGCUGGCCGUCCAUGUUGUUGACUUCUUUAAUCGGAUUAACCUCAUCUACGGAACGAUAUGUGAAUACUGCACAGACGAGUCGUGCCCUAUCAUGUCUGGUGGAUCAAAGUACGAGUACAUGUGGUGCGACGGGGACAAGUUCAAGAAACCAACGGCACUUCCAGCAAACAAAUACAUCACUAACCUCAUGGAAUGGGUGGAAUCACUCAUCAACAACGAGAAGGUGUUCCCGGUAAAUGUAGAUGUCCCCUUCCCCAAGAACUUUGUCACGACGUGCAAGAACAUUCUGAAGCGUCUACACAGAGUGUUUGUUCACGUCUACAUCCAUCACUUUGAGAACCUCGUCGCAAUAGGAGCGGAAGCCCACAUCAACACCUGUUAUAAGCAUUUCUACUACUUUGUCAAAGAAUUUCACCUCAUCGAUCCAAAGGAACUUGAACCACUGAGAGAUAUGACGGAGAAGAUCUGCCGCUGAUGAAACCUCCUUCCCCUCCCUUUCCCUAAGCCCCUCCCAUCAUUCCCCUCCCCCCCAUUUUUUACUCCGUCAACUUUGCCAAAAAUCUUUCCAGUGAAGACAACAGUCAGAGACCAUGCCUCACAAACAACAGAGUCCUUACUUUAGUUCAGUUUAAGCCUUAGUGCGGAUCUGAACUGGGAACCAUCAGAAUGAAUGUUCACCCAUUCUACCGAAAGCCUGUAAAAUACAUGUCCUCUACGAAACCCUGAACCUCAGACCAAGUAAAUUGAUGCUCGCUCGUCAAGUGUACUACAAGGCCAAACCUCGCAUAAAAUUUACAACUUGGUUAGAUCUGAACCCAGAACCAUCGGAAUCAACAUCCCCCGUCCUACCACAGAGCUGUAACGUUGAUAAGAAUACCAAGUCCUGAACCCAGGACCAGCAAACGGAAGUCCGCUCAUCCUACCGUGCAUUUAACUUCAGCAUCAACAUCCAUCUCGAAGCCCUGGAACUUUGAGGUAGAAGUGUUUAUUUCCAGUGUGUGAUUUCACAACGACUCAAAUUCAAGAUAGUAAUUUUUUUUUUUUUUUUUUAUGGAAAACUUUCAAUGCAGCAAUAUUUUCUCUGCACCCCUGUACCGUUGCAGUCUAUAACACACAUGCAGGACAAAGUUACCAAAACUUUUGCAAAAAAAACAUGUUUUGAUUUCCCUUUCUUGAACUUUCCUUUGUUAGAUUUCCCUUUUAAAUUAAUAAUCCUUCAGAUAUUGAUAUUCUACAAUUGUACGUUCCCUCAAUCUUUUGAAAUUCUCUUUAAGUAAAUUCUUUUCUCGUCUUCCAUGACUGAACAGUGGUGCAGAAAAAAAAUUGCUGAGCGCAGAAAAUAUGUGCUUAGCAAAAACGGGUUACCAGUGAGAAUGUCAUGUAUUUCACAUGACAGAAAAUGGUAGUGCUUAUCCCAUAAAUUCCCAGAGCAUUUUUCCCACAAAGCAUCCAGGUUAAAGCCAGGUUUUAACUUUUUACAUAAAAUACAGCACGGCAAACAUUUUUAGUGGUCCAAUUUUUAAAAAUAAUUUUUCUGUCGGCACAAUUUAUGUUUUUAAGUAUCAGGGUUAACGGAAGGUGCUAGUGUACAUGUACUACAUCAAAACUCGCAUGGAUCAAUGUAACGUCAUGUGCAGUUCAGUUUUUUAAUUACUUGGAUUUUUAUAUCAGAACGAAAUUGGAAUAGCAGAUAAUUAACGUUAAUUUACUGAAAUGUUUGCUAAUCUGGGACUUUUUUCGUUGAGCUAAGCACAGAUAGUAUCUGCUUAGCGAAAACCAGUUACCAGCCAAAA